AUGAAAUCUUGUCCUAUCCAUAUCCCUACUGAGGUCAGCAACACAACCUGGGACUCCUGUUUGUACAUGGAAAAGGAAACCAGAACAUUGGUUGCUGAGCAGAGGAGUGAAUCAAAUCCUAGUGAUGAAUUUGGAGAUAGUGAAGACAAAGAAAAUGAAACUGACAAGGUAGCAAGGAAUGCAGAUUAUAUGUCUGUUCCAAAAGAAAAAUUAAACAAAUCACAGAGAAAAGCCGAGUCGCUGAUUAAGGCAAAAAAGAACUGCCAGGCAAACCAGGAACUGAUUCGCUGUGUUACGUUUUCCCGAAUUGUUUUUGGAACUGAACACUGGAGAUAUGCCCAAGCAUUAACCAACCUGGCUUAUGGAUACCUGACACUGAGAGAACUCCCAGCUCAAGCCAAGCAACAUGCUGAGUCUGCAAAAAAUUCUCUGCUGACCUGGAAGAGCUCAGCGAUCUCAGACAUGGAUAAGAAGGAGAUCCUUGGCACACUGGUGACAUUAUACUAUACUUUGGGGAUGUCAGAUCUCAUGCAGAACCAUGGCAAGGAAGCUUAUUACAAUCUUCAGAAAUCUGAGAAGAGCAUGGAGGAACUAUGGGAAUGUCAUGAUGCAGCCACAGUUAGAGAAUUAAAAGUCUCUGAGAAAGACCUCAUAAUUGCUUUGGGCAGAGCUGCUUUGCAACUUCACCGAUUGAACUUGUCUGUGAAUUACUUUGAAAAGGCAAUCACCCAUGUUAUCUCUUCCAAGGGUGAUUCUGCAUCAGAACUGAUCAGCCUGUAUCAGGAAGCUGCACAGGUUGAACAGCUCAGGAAAAACCACGAAAGAGCCAUUGAACACUUGCUUCAGGCUCAUUCAAUCUGCGUGGCUUCAUACAAAGAACUCAGUGCUGAAGCUGCUAGGACGGGUUUCUUGCUAGCUAAAGCUUAUGCCACAUCUGGAGAGCCACAACACAGGGAUGCUGCUGAGCUGUAUUUUACAAGCAGCCUGAAGGCAUACCAAGCUGCGCUGGGCCCAGAUAAUUAUCAUACAAUGUGUGCCACUGAGGAAUUCAGCAAAUGGCUUUUACAAAUUGGAGAAAAACAGGAGGCUUACAAACUUUUGAAGAACUCACUGAAGUCCCAACUGAUGAGCUAUGGUGACUAUAGUGAGAAAGUGGCAGAAACUUUCUAUAUUCUGGGCAGCAUCUGCCUAGCCAAGGGAGAAAUAAAAAAGACCACUCAACUACUAAAGAAGUGUUUGGAAAUUCAAAUCCUUAUUUAUGGAACAGAUCACAAAAAAACCAGAGAGACACAAAAACUGCUGACCUUGCUACAGAGGUAA